CUACAGAGCCGCCUCAAAGAAUUACGACCAAAAAGUAACAGGGAUACAUGUCUAAACUGCAAAGGAGGAGAAGCAGUAGGAUUCCUGCCAUGAAAUCUCUCUAAGAGGAGAAAAGCAGCAAAACCUAGAAAAUCUACACCCACCCACGGGCAGGAGAGAGAAAGAAAGAAAGAAAGAAAGAAAGAGAGAGAGAGCGAGAGAGAGAGUGAGCGGAGGGGAGCGUGAAAGAGGGGGGGAAUAAAGAGCGAGGGAUAACAGUCGAUGGAUGCUGCUUGGACGCUCUGGUCGGUACAAUCUUUAGUGACAAGGACCGGAGAGCUGCAGGGAUGGAUGGGAAGGGAAGACACAUUCCUCCAGCCAUGGUGUGGUGCGAGCGGGGAAUUCAGGUGCUUCUCACCACUGUGGGAGCAUUCGCAGCCUUCGCCUUGAUGACCGUGGCCAUUGGCACGGACUACUGGCUGUACGCUCGAGCCUUUAUCUGCAACAGCACUGCCAACUCCUCUCAGGAUGACCCCCACAACAAGGACAAGAAAGAUCCUGGAGCCCUCACCCACUCCGGCCUCUGGAGGAUUUGCUGCCUGGAAGGAUUGAAGAGAGGAGUAUGUUCCCAGAUUAAUCAUUUCCCAGAGGAUGCUGAUUAUGAUCAGGAUGCUGCAGAGUACCUUUUACGCGUAGUCAGGGCCUCCAGUAUAUUUCCUAUCCUCAGUGCCAUAUUAUUGCUGCUAGGUGGAGUGUGUGUGGCUUCUAGUCGGUUCUACAAGACCAAAAGACACAUCAUUUUGGGAGCAGGCAUUUUGUUUGUAGUGGCAGGCCUGAGCAACAUCAUAGGUGUCAUUGUAUACAUCUCGGCGGCGCUCAGCGACAUCUCUCCCAAAAAGGACGAGGACAAGAAGUGGCACUACUCCUACGGCUGGUCCUUCUACUUCGGCGGCCUGUCGUUCAUCCUGGCGGAAGUGGUGGGCGUGCUGGCCGUCAACAUCUACAUCGAGCGCAACAAAGAACUGCGCUGCCGCUCGCGCACCGACCUCUUCCGCAGCACGACCUCAGCCGUGUUACGCCUGCCGGGAUACCGCUUCCGGCGGCGUUCCUCCCGCUCCAGCUCGCGGUCCACAGCGGAGCCGACCCGCUCCCGCGAGCAGUCCCCCACCUCCGCCAUCUCUCCCAAGAACUUCGGCCCGCCCCUGGCCACCGGCCCGCCGCCCUUUUCGGUAGCCACGCUUCCCAAUCCGCACACGCACUCCGGAGGAGGCAUGGGGGAUAUAUCCAUGUACACGCUCGGCAGGGAAGGUAAGCCGCCCAUGUAUGGUACAGUCGACCGUGCCACGCUCUACCAGCUGCACAAUUACUUUCCGACGAAGGAGGGCGGCGGCGGAGCGCUCAUGACGGGAACGCUGCCUUCUCUCUCCAAGUCGAACCUGGCUGCGUCGACCAACGCCACCCUCAACACCUCGUCUUCCUCCGGCCCCCAGCAGGCGCCGCUGUCUGCCGGCUCCUCCGCCACCAUGGAGAGGGAUCGAGGGCUGGGAACCUUGGAUCGGCUUGGUAAAGGAGACAGUUCAAACACUAACACUCUCAACAGGAGAACAACACCUGUGUAACGAAAGGUUGGAGGGGGGAGGGAAGAGAGUGGCGGGGAAAACAAGCGAUUACAUGAACUGGAAGUAAAGGGGGAGGGAAAAAAAGAGCAAGAAAGGGCUGAGAAACAAAACAAGGUCCGCUUGCAAGACGACAAAGAAGUGAAUAAGAAGGCAAUACAUCCUCUUUUUCCUCGUUUUUGAACAUGGUGACUUGAGUAACAGAAUUCCAUCCGCACUCCUUAUUGAUUCAUGUUGAAAUACUCGAUGUGUGUGAUGGUGAUCUUUCAGUUCUUCGAGCUCUUUCAAUUCCAGUGCUUUAUCAUCCGAUUAUGUCUGUAACUUAUUUAGCAUUCCAAUAUAGUUGAUGUUUUUCUUUUUUAUUAUGCUAAUUGUUUUUG